AUGGCUCCCCUUGCGGCAGAUCCCCGCCAGCUCGUGGUGGUGCUCAACCCUGCCCGCCGCAAAGUGCUAUACACCCUUCUGCACGACAUCACAGGCUACAUGCGAUCCCAGCUUGAGCUCAAAGACGGCGACCAGAUUAUCUCGUCAACCACCAACCCGACCUCGCCACCGAUCCAAGACCGUAACGCCCCGCUCUUCGUCCCUGACGCCGGUCAGGGCCAUGGCGGACGCAGCAGCAGCCCCAGCCACCCAGAUCGCGGGGGCUCUGGCGUGUACAGCGCUCAGCUCCGCGCCUUGAGGAGGGCGGCGCUGAAGCACUUUGAUGAGUGGCGAAAGGACGUCCUGGAGAAAGUCAAGGAGGUUGCCUCUGUGAGAGACGACGACAAGAUCCUCGAGGCCCGGAAGAAGCGGCAUGAUGAGAUGGAGAAACUAAAACAUGAGUCUCCGGGUGUGGGUGAGGAUUUGAUCAAUUUUGGAGACGCGCCAAAUGCUGCGUCGACUGGUGUCGAAAAGGAGGUGGCCAUUCUGCAAGAGCACUAUCAUCCGAUUCCGAACAGAUUCACCACCAUCCCGGCGGAGGACCGGAAGGAGGUGCUCAGCUGCCUUUUAGUCCUCAUUCUGUCUACCGGGAGUUACUCUGCGCACUCCAGGGUUUUGGCUCUGUACCUCACAUCCGCGUUUGAGCUUCCCCUUUCGGCCCUCAUCACAGAGGAGACGGAGAUUGCCAAGUCUCUCGUCGAAUCCUCGACUUCGACCGAGGGCCAGAAGGCUAGCAUGUCAGCCGAGGCCGAGGCCGCGAAACGGCGCCAGGAGAACCAGAAGAGCCGAUUUUGGAAGGUCGGUCUGGCUUCGGUGGCUGGCGCCGCUGUGAUUGGAAUCACGGGUGGCCUGGCAGCUCCGGUCGUUGCUGGGGCGAUCGGCGGCAUCAUGGGAAGCGUCGGGCUUGGUGGCGUUGCCAGUUUUUUAGGCGUCUUCUGGAUGAACGGCGCUCUCGUUGGCACGCUCUUCGGCGCCUUCGGGGCCAAGAUGACGGGCGAAAUGAUGGACACCUACGCCAAGGAGGUCGAAGAUUUCCGCUUUCUCCCACUCAAGGACGAAUGGGGCCAAGACUAUAAACGAGCCGACCCCGACGGCAAGCAAGGGGCACGGCUUCGUGUGACCAUCGGUAUCAACGGAUGGCUGAAUGAGGAGAGUGAUGUGACGAAGCCUUGGCGCAGCCUCGGUGACGAGUCCGAGGUCUUUGCUUUGCGCUACGAGAUGAAAUCCUUACUCGCCCUCGGUCGAGAGCUGGACAGUCUUGUUUCGUCGUACGCCUGGAGCUUUGUCAAGGUGGAAAUCCUCAAGCGAACCGUCCUGGCUUCUCUCUGGGCUGCACUUUGGCCCGCCUAUCUCAUCAAAGCUGCUUCACAGAUCGACAAUCCCUUCAACCUAGCCCGCAAUCGCUCCGACAAGGCUGGCCGAGUGCUUGCUGAUGCUCUCAUCGCCAAAGUGCAGGGAGAACGACCCGUCACGCUGGUCGGCUACUCGCUCGGUGCGCGCGUCAUCUAUUCGUGCCUACGUUCUCUAGCUGAGCGCCAGGCCUUUGGCUUGGUGGAUACUGUGGUCCUCAUCGGCGCCCCUGUGCCCUCCAAUAGGGAGCACUGGCAGGUUCUACGGUCCGUCGUAUCUGGUCGCAUUGUGAACGUGUACUCAGAGACGGACUACAUUCUCGGGUUCUUGUAUCGCGCAACAUCCCUCCAGCUGGGAAUCGCGGGUCUCCAAGAGGUGAAAGACAUCGAAAGAGUCGAGAACCUGAACCUGAGCUCGGAAGUCAGCGGUCAUCUCCGCUAUCCUAGCUUGAUCGCCAAGAUCCUGACGCGAUGCGGCUUCCCCAACGUUAAGGGCGGCGACGGUGCUAUCGAGAAGGACGAAGACAUCAAGAUUACUGACCAGGAGGCAGGAUCGCAGAUGGGCGAGCUUAUUCAGCUGGAGGCCCAGCCGGAUCCCGAGGCAGAACCGCAGCCGAUCAAGUCCAAGCAGACAGCGAGGUUUCCGAACGAGCUGCGUCAUCCGUUGCAUCCUGACCCGCCCCUGCGGAAGAAGGUGCAAACUCGUAACAAGGUGUCGAGGGACGACACGACUUCAGUCUCGCAGUCUUUUGAUCCUUUGGGGGCUGCUGGGAGUGACCCGUUGAAACUAGGCUCUCUGGGCCAGAGCAGGCAGAAGACAGCUUCGCCUCAUCACGAGGAUCUCCUUAGUCUGAGCUCUCCGCCUCUGAAGAAGGAGGAGCCGAGUAGCCCCAAGGUAGCUGAUCCCCUAAACCUGGGCUCCCUUAGCCAGAGGAACGAUGCAUGUUUCAUUUCUGCAGCUGGCGGCAAGGACGAGGGGCCACAGAAGAAGCCGGAACUCCCUCCUCGCCCUACUGCAAUUCAUUCAUUCCAAAGCGACGGCGCCCUCGAUCCACACCACCGUCGUCCAGAGCUACCUAUUAGACCCAAAACGUUCCCGGUCCCAGUCCAGGAGGAUUCUGAUAGCGACGACGAGAGUUUCAAGGGGAUUCAGUUGAUCGAUAACGAAGGCCCGGGAGACUCAACGAGUUGUUCGGAGCCGCCGAGGGCCGAUGCCUAG